UUGCACAAAUUGUAAUUACACACAUUCAUAAUUAAUUUUCCCGCCUUGCCUUUCAAAAGUAAAACAAUUCCUCCUUUCCUCUUCUCUAUCUUCUCUGUACUGAUUUAGGGUUUACUAGUUUGUUUGCCUCUUCACCAUCAUCACUCGUCGCCAUAUGUAAUCGCUAAACCCUAACAUCGCCGCUGAAGAUGACAACUCCUAUGGAAAUGGAAAUAUCUACCAUAAACCCUACUAUUACUGAUGAAACCUCCCUCAUUUGCCACCAAAACGGUGUCGUUGAAGUGCCCCUACAGCCACCGCAACCGCAACCGCAACCAACACCACCACCACCUCCCCCUCCUUCCACCCUACGCAACGAUAAAAUUCUCGUUUCUGUUGAAGUUUGCUUAAAACCGUCGAGCACAGCUCGAGUUGAAGACAUCCGAUCCGCCGUUGAACGAAUGCUUGAGAAAAGGAGUUUAAGCUAUGCCGAUGGACCUAUUCCAGUGCCUGUUCAUGAUUCGUUUCUUUCAGAGAACGUUCAAAGAAUCUCAAUUUGUGACACUGAUGAAUGGACAAAGAAUCACGACAUUCUUUUAUUCUGGCAAGUCAAACCCAUUGUACAUGUCUUUCAGCUUAGUGAGGAAGGACCAUGUGAGGAUUUAAGUGGGGAUGGUCAACUUUCUAGCUUCAAUGAAUGGAUUCUUCCCGCUAAGGAAUUUGAUGGCAUGUGGGAAAGUCUUAUUUAUGAAACCGGUCUCAAGCAAAGGCUAUUGCGUUAUGCGGCGAGUGCACUUCUCUUUACUGAGAAGGGUGUUGAUCCUUUCUCUAUUUCAUGGAAUCGCAUUGUUCUUCUACAUGGACCUCCAGGGACUGGUAAAACAUCUUUAUGCAAAGCAUUGGCUCAAAAGCUAUCAAUCCGAUUCAAUUCCAGAUUUCCUCAGUGCCAAUUGGUUGAAGUAAACGCUCAUUCAUUAUUUAGCAAAUGGUUCUCUGAAAGUGGCAAACUGGUUGCAAAACUCUUCCAGAAAAUUCAAGAAAUGGUGGAGGAAGAAAACAAUCUGGUAUUUGUUUUGAUUGAUGAAGUGGAAAGCCUUGCUGCCGCCAGAAAAGCUGCUAUAUCUGGUUCUGAGCCUUCUGAUUCUAUUCGAGUUGUCAAUGCACUGCUAACCCAGAUGGACAAGCUGAAAUCCUCACCGAAUGUGAUUAUUUUGACUACCUCCAAUAUAACUGCUGCUAUUGAUGUUGCAUUUGUGGAUCGAGCUGAUAUCAAAGCAUAUGUUGGUCCUCCAACUCUUCAAGCUCGUUAUGAGAUUCUACGAUCCUGCAUGCAUGAACUAAUACGAAAGGGAAUCAUAUCAAAUUCCCAGGACCCUGAUCACCUCAUGCUUCCAGAUUACUCAACCUUGAAAGAUAAAAUGAAUGGACUUGCUAUGCAAGAAGAACCGACACCAAUAAACUUGUCCAAACAAUUGCUUGGAGCUGCAGAAGCAUGUGAGGGGCUUAGUGGAAGAUCAUUGAGAAAACUCCCAUUUUUGGCACAUGCAGCUCUUUCAGACCCAUAUAGCUGUGAUUUUAGUAAGUUCUUGGCAACAAUGAUUGACACAGCAAGGAGGGAGCGGUCUGAGCUACUUGAGUGAAUCUCAUUUCUACAUGUAAAUUGUAAAAGAUUAAUCGUAAUUAGAAGGAAAUUUAUAUGCCAUUUGUGUCGAACAUCCUGAUAACUAGAUGUUUGUAAUUGGUUCAAUUGUACUUGCAAUAUAAUAUGCUCAUACAAAGUUGGCUUGUA